GUCGGGUCCCCAGAGCCGGCCUGUGACCAUGGAGGCCAGAGCGCUCUGGCUGCUGGCGGUGCUCCUGGCCUGGGGCUCCUCCAGCCUGGCUGACGAGUAUGUGGGCCUGUCGGAGAACAUGUGUGCGGUGCCGGCCCAGAACAGGGUGGACUGCGGCUACCCCGAUAUCAGCUCAGAGCAGUGCGUCAACAGGGGCUGCUGCUUCGACUCUAGCGUCCCCGAGGUGCCUUGGUGCUUCAAGCCUCUGCAAGACACAGAAUGCACAUUUUGAAGCGACGCGCACCGGCCCGGCCACCCUGGAACGUGACCUUCCAGGCUCCGGGCACCUUGCCUGCGUCCUCUGCC